AGAAGACUGACCUUGAUUAAGGUUGUUCAUUUCAGUUCCGUUCCAGCGUGCAGUUCGUCCUAAAAAUAGCUUCGUCCCCCACCGAUCAUUCCAGGUCAUAUUUUUCGGACUUAUUAUUCAGUAAUGACGGUACGAUCUGGUAAUUUGACUGGAUGAGUUCUUUAAUUUCAUUUCAUGUUCUAGUUUUGUCUCUUACACUGGAAAGAUCUGCCAAACAGUGCACAUUAGCAAAUGUAGGUACCUGUUUACACGUGUAAUUAUCAAAUACCAUAUAAUUUGCAUGAAGCUGCAACGCAGGGUUUGUUUUUCUAGCCUUUUGAUAAAAAUUGACAACGUUUGCGUUAUCUUUGCUAAGAAAAUAUGUAAUUUGUAGCUGUAUACAGCGAAAUACUACAGAAGAAAAUUGUAACUGUGCAGUACACGAGCGGCUCCCUAUUAGUCUGGCAAAUCGAAGAGCGAACUUGAGUGCUAGUACCGUGUGUAACCAUAUUUAUAAUUUUCAUUUUAGCGCAUAUUUCAAGCUCUUCGCAAGAUCAGAAUCAAAAGAUCAUCUUUUUACAUUACAAGGGAGAGUAUUUUAAGUGAUAGAUAGGCUUUAAGAGGCACGAUCAAUUUUUAAAGAAUUUUCUUUUCAAAUAUUCACCGAAUUUUGUUGGGAAGUUUUAGCGGCCAAGUGGCUGAACCAUUGCGCAUUCAUGCAAUUAUAUUUCUGCUCCGUUGCAUUUGCCCAAUUAUUUUAUUCAACAAUCUAACUUAUCUAUAAACAAGCUGUGUUUAGUUAAAAUGGCUUAGUCUAAAUCGAUGUGGCACGGGUGAUAUUGACCUUCCAAUUUCAACCAAAUUUGUGGCUGUUAAGUACCGAAAAAGUGCUGUGAGAAGUUAUAGCCGUUCGUAGCUCAGGCUUAACCAUUUUCAGAUAAGAGUAGGUAAAUGAAGGGAGGAAGGAUAGUUCUUUGCAACUGUAUGAGACACGAUUAAGUUAUUUGAAUGAUAAGGCUAGAGUAAUUACGUUGUAAAUCUCCUUCAGUUCACCAACAUGGCGGCCCGUCGAGGCCUCGUCAAAACUGUCAUUCCUGUAUCUUUGAAACCAAAGAGAAUUCGAACCUUAGAAUAUGCAUUCAGUAUUGAGGACACCAUUCUAAGACUACAUGCCGAAAAACAGCCAAAUCGAUGAGAUACCGUGUCAGGCCGAAGUUCGAAUUUUACAGAAAAUCAUUCUUAAUGGGACUAUUUUACGGGCUGACGAAAUAACGCACGCUGGUGUAUGCCUUUAUUCCUUUGACCAAUUGCAAUAAUCGAUAUGAAAACUGAAAAUUGAUUAAAAUAUAAAGAAUAAUAAACAACUAUAGAUCAUCAAUAAUUCGUUGGACGUUAUCCGCGUACUGGAGGAAAAACAGCUUGCCCUAAAUCACGUGAGUACUUGGGACUUUUCGACUCUUUAUACUAGCCUUCCACACGCCCAACUUAAAAAGCAACUCGAUGAUCUUUUGGAAAGAGUUUUUAAUACUAAAGGAAAGAGCUUCAUUGCUACCAAUAACUUUCGCACCUUCUGGACGAAUGAUAGAACGUCAACGAGGUACACGUACUUCUCCUGUAGAGAGCUUGGUCUCGCUAUUGACUUUCUUGUCGACAACAUCUACGUUCGUUUUGGAAGCUCUGUUUUCCGGCAGGUUAUUGGUAUACCAAUGGGCACCAACAGUGCACCUUUAUUGGCUGAUCUCCUCCUUCAUACCUUCGAGUACGAUUUCAUGGUCACAACAAUGAAACAAAAGCCAUCCAAUUCAGCAACACCUUUCGGUACAUCGACGAUUCAUUCAGUGCUAACAAUGUGGACUUGGAAAUUACAUCAGCGCAAUUUACCCGUCAGAAUUGGAACUUAAGGACACUUCCACAUCAUCUACUGAAGUGUGUUAUCUCGACACUAAUAUCAAGACUGGCGACAACACACCUUUCCGUAUCAGCAUCUACGAUAAGAGAGAGGACUUUGCAUUUCGGAUUGUCAAUUUUCCUCAUAUGGACAGCAACAUUCCCGCCAAUCCAGCUUACGGUGUUUAUAUAUCUCAACUGGUGUAUAUGCUAGAAUUUGCACGUCCAAAGUUGACUUCAUCAAUAGACUCCGUGGUCUUUCAUUACGGCUCAGACAGCAAGGCUUUGAAACCAAUCUACUUCAAAAAUCAUUUAAUAAAUUCUUCAGUCGCCAUAGUCUUAUCGUCGAGAAGUAUGGUGCAGCCCUGCGGGAGAUGAGAUUAGCAAUCCAGGCUUGAAUUGCACCAUCGUAUCCUUACACUACUUAUUUAUUGCAUAGAGUUGUAUUUCAGUCGUAUCUCGGUACGUGUGCGCGUACAAUUUUAUUUUGAGCGCGCGCAUUAUUUGUUUAAUUUACGUGUACAUUUAGUUCGUUUAUUCACAGGUGGCCCAAGCGUAAUAUGAGAGUUUGUAUGGGAAAAAUAGAGUUUGAAACUUAGAUGAAAUAAAUGAAGUAAAAGCGAUAAAAGUUCUCAAUUAAGUGUAAAUAUUGUUACCUGGAGUCGUUGUCUUUGCUUUUACGAAGUUUCAGUGCGAUUUGAGUACUUUUACAGCAUCUGACCUGACAGUGUAAUAAUAAGAGACAAGGUAGGACAGAAUCGCUCGAUCGACGUUCAAAGCUGCUCAGAAUCAGCUCCAAAUUUCACGCGAAAAAACAAACACACUUACAUUUUACGCCGCCGAAUCCACAAAUCUCCACUCACCCACCUCCGAGCAAGGUCGGCUUCUUUGUUUUUACUCGGCCAAUGAACGAAGCAACAAAACAAAACAGAGAAGCCAACCUUGCUCGGAGGUUGGCUCGGAGGUGGGUGCCUAGAGAUUUGUCUUAACGAAGUAAUGUCACCCUCUCCCGGUGAGUUAUUAUUUGACGUUAGCGCCCAGUCACCGCCGAGCGACAAAACGGUUGAAAUGUUACACUUUUACUAGUCACGGAUAAAUGGCGCCGAUUUUUGAACUGUAGUUGAUCUUUUCGAUCGAGUUAUGCGAUCCAAACGCGAAGUUUACCGGAACGCAUUGCAGGAAAGUGAUCUUAACGUACCACUUUGUGGAUUCGGCGGCGUAAAAUGUAAGUGUGUUUGUUUUUUCGCGUGAAAUUUGGAGCUGAUUCUGAGCAGCUUUGAACGUCGAUCGAGCGAUUCUGUCCUACCUUGUCUCUUAUUAUUACACUGUCAGGUCAGAUGCUGUAAAAGUACUCAAAUCGCGCUGAAACUUCGUAAAAGCAAAGACAACGACUCUAGGUAACAAUAUUUACACUUUAUUGAGAACUUUUAUCGCUUUUACUUCAUUUAUUUCAUCUAAGUUUCAAACUCUAUUUUUCCCAUACAAACUCUCAUAUUACGCUUGGGCCACCUGUGGUUUAUUAACGUCUUAAUUUUACUUUGCGUUAUUUUCCUCACUUACAUUGUCCUUGACUGUGCUCACAUGGUGGGUGGCUCCUCCUAAAAUGUUCUGCAAUUGGUACAGGAUUUAAUGGAGCCGAAACCAAUUGUGGAAUUGCACGCAUUUUAGGCAUCCUACUGAUGAACAGUUGCGACGCGUAGAUAUAUAUAUUUUUAGCGACUAAGAUGAUUUGCAGUCUGUCUACUUUGAAUAGUUACGAGCAUCUAAACACACGUGACAGUUUUGUAUGCGACUGUGUGCAAAGUGCUGUACACACUUGACAACGAACUUGAAACAAAUUUCUAAUGUCACGACUGGUUUGAGCGACCCAAAUGCCUAAAACUAGUGAUAUGAAAAAAAACCUUUAGUUAUCUACACUUAGGACUACAGAACUAUAGAGAAAACAAUAAAUCUAUGUUGCGUUUAACAAAACGAAAGUAAACGAAAUAAUUAUGAUAUUAAAACUAUAAGGAAUGACAAAGGUAAGAUGGAGUAAAAACUCACCUAUCAGUCCCACUCUUGCCUCUAAAGAGGAUCUACUUGUAUCUUCGCUUCUUAACUUCUUUUCGUGUCGAAGGCAAAGAAACUGCUGACAAUCUAAAAGGCUACGUGUACGUCUAAACAGAGACUAUAAAACCUAAAUGUUUUCUUACCACUGGAACGGAAACACGUAAUAGUGCAGCUAGACUGCAAUAGAUACAAUGAAACAUUUAGCGUUCAUUUCAUCAGUAUCGUUUUAGGUGUGUUUUUCUUUCUAUUUAUGACCCAGAAAGGUCAGAAAUUAAGUACCGUGAUGUCAGUAACGUAGGACUGCCUCGAAGUCUCCGGCGUAGUUGCUGGGACUAAUAGUUUACCCUAUGACUAUAAUUUUUCAUCAUCAUUUUGCAUCAUCUCUUAUUAUUGGUGUCCAACCGAGAGUAAGAAAAAAAUAUUUUUGAAGCUGAAAUCAAAGUUAAGUGCAACAAACUACAAAAACUGUAAUCCUUAACCACACGAUACAAAUUACAGUUUUCUCCCAAAAGAAUCAACGAUAAAUGAGGCUAUUUCGACAAAGUUUCGAACAUAAGCUAACUCGACUCACGGCGUUGAAAGGCCCAAUUAAAAUAGUAUUGUUUUAAUGAAACUUCAUUUCGAUUUUGAUGCAGUUAAGAAUUCAAAACACGUGGUGACUAUCAGAGAUCAAAGACAACAAAAUAGAUUGACGUAUAGUCUGGCUGCGUCAUAACGGACUGUCUUCUUACAUCGGUUUCCCGGCUUCAAACUAUUCUUUAAAAACACAGGUAUGUACAGUAUUACUGCUUUUUGCGACAUAACAAAAGUUUAAUAACACUAAAAAUCAACUUACCUCCUUAUUCAUAUAUUCUUUACUGUGUGUUAAACGCUCAGUUCUCUGUCGGUCAGGGAAAAUAUUAGGUAGGACCAACACCCGUAGCAAACAAGAAAGGCACUGUCUUACAUUUUUGUCAUAAAAUAAUGAUUUGCAGCAAGAAAAUGUCAAUUUGAAUGUCUGACAUAAAGCAAGUUUAACGAUAUCAGUACGGUUUUGUUCAUAUCAGAAAAGUGUGACUUACAAUCAGUAGUGAUAUCUUUUCAAUGUGCAACUUUAGACGACGUGAAAGAAGACAACCAUUACUAGGCCUCCUUACUUACUGGAUAACCCGGCUUAGCUUACAGGUUUCUAGGUCGUUAAGUGUUAAAAUUUCAACGAAUUGGUCAUGUAGUGUCCUUUUAUACUAGUUCACAUUCAAUCGACUGUUUGUCAAGUUGAUAGUCAGCUUUAUUUCACAUUCUGACAAUUCAAUUAGAAAUGCAUUUUUGGUGAAUGGCGGAACCAUAAAACUAAUACUUUCUUAUUGCUACAUUCCUUUCAUUUCAGUCUUUUCAGACUUGCUUGUUAUUCUCAUUCGUUUUUUACUGAUUACCAGGUUAGAUAUGAUUACUAAACUGAAGGCGGUCACUGAACAUUACUGGAUGAAAUGUAAUGAUUGCUGCUGCUAUGGGGUGAAUUAUGUCGAUAUUUAGUCUUACACACAUAACUUUUGAGUUGUGGAAUGAACUUAGGGUGUGACUAUAGUAUUUCUUUUUCAUGGAGAUGUAUCAGUGUUCGUGUUUAGAGGUUACAAAGUGAAAUUUUGCAUUUUUAUUGAAUUUUGUAUAAUUGCAGGAUAGCAGGUUAACUUCAGUCUGAACCAGUCGCUUAAUUUUGAUUUUGGGAAGUAUGUGGAGACAGUAGAAGGUCUACAUAUAGCUACGCCCAGAAAAAAUGCUAUAUUGCUUGUCAGUGUCACCGUUAUAUCACUCAACUCACGUAAUUUUUUUUAUUCUUUAUCUUCAAUGUAGUUUUAUUUUGCAGCCUCAAAUAUUGAAAACAAAGGUUGAGGCGUUUUGACGCUAGAAAUUCAUAGUUUUGGUUUGAUUGCGUUUUCGAUGAGCUAUUAAAGUAAUGAGCAUCUAAGCUUUCUAAGCGGAAAUGAGUUUUACUUUUAAGCUCAGACAUAUGUAAAGCAAAACUUAAUUGAAUUUUCAGGCCUUUCUUACAUUUAAAGGUUUUUGAAUAUUUGUUUCAAAUGAGUUAAGACUGUGGUCGUGUUUUGUUUUCAGCAUCAGGGCCUUUAGCUGUAUCCAGACGAGGAAAACCUUAAAAAAUCUAAGGACUAUGUCUUCGACCAUGAACUUCCUUGACUGACAUAUGACUUGCAACGAAAUCGAAAACAAAAUAGAAGUAUUGUUAAAAAAAACGUAAUAUACACAAAGGCAGGUUUUAAUUUUGCUGAUGUGAAAUGCGGGCCAAAAAUAAUUAGCACUGGUUAGAUACAUUCCAAUACACAGCGUUUUACAGACUGCCUUUUCUUUAACCUGUAUUGUUCAAAUGUAUAGUGUUUUAUACCGCUAUGUGUAUCAACAAUUUAGUAGUUUAACGAAUUACUUUUAACUUACUUUAUAUCUACAAUACAUUUUAAACUGCCACGUUAUUUAUGAUGAGGGCGACAGUGAACUCAACUCACUACAGGAAAAGAUGCGUGCAUUUGCUGAUAUUUUUGUAUCCAGAAAAGUAACAAAGCGACUUAUUCCAUCGAUACAGGCCUUCUGAGAUACUUGACGCAAAGUUUGAAGUUUGUUUAUACUAACUAGUGACAAAACUGAGUCAUUGUGCAGUGCGGGUCAUUUAAAACAAAGAUUGAUUAAUACACAGGAAUUCAGUUUGCCUAUAUAAAUAGUAACUGAAAUGCCUGCCUUUCAAUCUAUAGUUUCUUAUUUUCAUGUUUAUUGCUUUAUGGUUGAAAUUCGUCAUUCUUAUGAAUUAUUUCAAUUGUGACUGCAGCUGAUCAGGGAACAACCAACUGAACGCGUCUCUGCUUAGUUGAUUGGUUGCUCGGUUUUUCUAUUUUAAGUUCGUACAAAGCUUGCAACACGAAAUCACUCAGGAGACAGCAAAACUACGACUCGACUCUGUUGAACAAGAAACUAAUUUCCAUGAUUUUAACUUACUGCUUGUAUAAUUUCAAAAUGUUAGACACAUCUGAUAACAUUGGUGGUGUUACUUAGCAAAAUAUAGACCUGCUUUAUUUGCAGCGAAGGGAAAGAUCGACGACAUUACAAGCUUUGUUCAAAGGAAGGGCUCUUUAAGAUCCUUUAAAGCUAGAGUCUGUAUCUCCGAGCCGCAAUUCGUUUACUCAUAUUCUUCUCUCUUAUGAAACCAGAGCGAGGUUUUAUAAGAACGGGCGAUCUGUCUAAGGUUCAAAGUAAAGAAACAGAAUGUAGCUUCAAAAUUCAGCAAUUUCUUUGUAGGCUACUGAUAUAAUAAAGCAGGACCAGAAUGUGUGAAGACCUGAAAGAUAAAAGGAGCUUUACAUUUUUCCUAAUUUUAUAAGUAAAGUGCGUGAGUAUUCUUUCCGCAAGUUUUAUUUUCCUUCUGAUAAUCAGAUGCUGAUGUAAUGAGCCAGUCGAGACAAAACAAAUAAAUUUACGUCAAGCAAAAUGCUAACAGAAUUACACAAUAACCCAAAACUCUUGAUUAUGUUAAUAAUUAAUGCUCAUCUGAAAAGACUUCAUUGCGUUGAUGGCCUUUUGGCGUUAUUUAACCUAUUUUUCUUUAUAAGUAAAGUGCGUGAGUAUUCUUUCCGCAAGUUUUAUUUUCCUUCUGAUAAUCAGAUGCUGAUGUAAUGAGCCAGUCGAGACAAAACAAAUAAAUUUACGUCAAGCAAAAUGCUAACAGAAUUACACAAUAACCCAAAACUCUUGAUUAUGUUAAUAAUUAAUGCUCAUCUGAAAAGACUUCAUUGCGUUGAUGGCCUUUUGGCGUUAUUUAACCUAUUUUUCUUUUUUAUAAGAUCUCAUGGUUGAGCUGUUUUAAGCAAUAUGCGAACAGUCUAAUAUAUAGUCCGCCAAGUCACCUCGCCAACAUUAACAUGCACAUGGAAAGUAAGUAUAUAUAAGAACCUCGAUUUAAAAAGUUUUUGAACGUGCCAAAUUUAUUUAAAAUAAGAACAGCAGACUAACAUGAGGGUUUGAUGUUAGACAACAAAACUUUGCAUGAGGGGAACAUUUUGUGAACAAAAAAUACACAAGGAUUUGAAGCUGACUUUGUUAAAAAUGAAAACAUUGAAAAUGGAGUGUGCACUAUAUUAAACGGAAGAAAAACCCCCUAAGGAUGAACAAUUUCGUUUAGGUUGAAGAGCAGAAGAAACGAUAGGCUAAAGUUAAUAACCUAUGUUAACACUACCGGAUAGCUUCUGGACCGGCACGAAAACUAUACCAGAUUCACACAUAAGAACGCUUGUGGCGGCGCAAUUUCUGUGACGAAGCGAAGCAGCGCCGCGCCGAUCUCAAAAGCGGAGAGUCAUGAUAUCGGAUAGGUGUUCGUACAAUACCGGCCGGAUAUCGUUUCGUGCCGACUCGUCUAUCCAGUAUUGUGUGAAUAUAGCCUUAGUCUCAAAGCGCGCUAAUUACCAAGAAAAAACCUACUCGUUGGCUUCUAUUGAGAAAAACGUCAUUAUAAGGCAACGUUAUGGUAACCACAAUUUCAGUGGAAUAAUUCAAGAAAUUGAUCAAAUUAAAGGCCGGUUUUUCUUUUAAACUGUAAUCCAGUUUCAGUUCGAGAUUCUUGGCUUCUUCUUCUUUAACAUAUACAAGAAAUGGCUGGGACAUUUUGGUAAUUAUUUCGUAUACGCUUGGCUACUUUGUUUAAAAUAAUUUCUUAAUAAAUUUUUCCGGCCAGAUACGUAAAUGACCUAUUUAAACAUACUAAAAAAGUAGAAGACUUAUCAGAAGCUUUUCGUUGUCUUUAAUUUUUUGUUUCUUUUCCUUUUUUUUUUCGAUCAUUAUGUAAUUUUGGGGGUGCUAUACACUAUAGAAAUAAUAAAACGUAAUUUGACAAGUUCCACAAGCAACUUGCCUUACGAGAUAGCAUACAAGGGCUUAAUUUACUACAGAACUUUCCUUGGCAAACGUACUGAUCUUUAAUGUAAUUAAGAUGAAAGACUAAUAAUACAUAGCCGGCGCGCGGUCGGCACGAAAUUCACCUGGGGUUGUUGACUUACGCGUACGUCUGCUAGGCAGACUUGACCAGAACUUUACAUAAACGACGAGGUUCUUUUAAAGCCAUCAAAUGCAACGUCUAUUCAUACUCGUGCAUGUGGGAUUUAGACGAAAUUUGAUAUAUUAAAAUUCAUAUUUGGCCGCGAGCUGGCGGGGGAAGGGGGGGGGGGGUGCUCAGCAAUCAUGAAGCAUCAGUUUUCGCUGUCCACCAAGAGUAUGUAUUUGUAAUUUCUUAAAGUCAUAUGCAUCAAGUCGAUCUCAAUCGGUGUCCAACGAACACUCUGCAACCAUUAAUUAUGAAAUAAAUAGAUGAAAUGUCUUUACUUCGCCCGUUAAAAUAUAUAACAAACGUUACAGAGAGUGAAGUAUACAAAUCAUGAGAAUCGCACAUGUAAAACCUGAUAAAACAUUGGACAUCUAUAUUGUUAUUAUCUCCCCUCAGAAAUUCAAAAGUACGUCAUUACUUUUUCCUCCAACCUUCUGUCAUACGACAUUUGUUGAAAAAAAGAAUGUCAUGUAUACGAGUAGCCCUGUAUAAAUUACCAGCAAGUUUCACUAACUAAACAUUUAAUUAUGUUGGCAGGUUAAAACAAUGCGUUUACCAUCUCUUUUGUUCGUGACGUACGUUACCUCAAUUAGUUUCCCAACUAUAUCAGCAAAGACUCCUUUAUACGUUGGUGCCAUGUUUCCUAUGACGUCACUACAUAAUGAUAGUUGGACUGGAGGCACAGGUAUUUUACCAGCUGCACAAAUGGCUUUUGAUCACGUGAACACCGCUGGCGUGUUGAACCACUAUAAUCUGACACUGAUUUGGAGUGACACAAGGGUAACGUAACCGUAAUAUUUCCUUACCUUCCUCAUUUCCAGGACUUUUAAGGGAUAUCGACACAAUCUUUGGGUAGAGAAAGACUAAUUUGGUGCCAUUUUCUACUUGAAGGGUUCCCCUGGUUGGACGGAGCACAUCCUGUUUGAGUUCCUUUAUAACUCUUCCCGUAAGAUUGUGCUUCUUGGAGCGGGGUUUUCUUCAUGCAGCAGAGUUGUUGCGGCUCUUGCUGGACUGGAUCCCUGGGCUAUACCGCAGGUAAGAGAAUUGUAUAGACAGCCUGGUUCUCUCCUAGGCUGGAGCGCUGAGUCCUGGCGCCACUAGGUUUUGGGGUUCUCGAGCUAGGCGGAUUCUCUAAAUAGAAUAUCAAUGAAAUAUGACAACUUUGCACAUUGUCCAUGUGCAAAGUUUUACAACUGUUUUCACCUACCAUUGUGAAAUGUCAUCUCUACAGAUUUCGUUUUCCAGUAGCUCUCCCGAGCUAUCAGACAAGAAAAAUUAUCCACACUUUUAUCGCACAAUCCCAGAUGAUACAUCAUUCAACGUUCCUCGAAUAGCGCUGCUGAAAAAAUUCAAAUGGACUCACGUUGGCACCAUUUUUCAGGAAGAGGACAUACAUCGCACGGUAAGCAUCAUAUUUUGGCGUUAAAAAUGACCAGACCUUACACAGGUUGAUAAUCAAUACAUUUCACAAGAAAGAUUCCUUAUUGAAAUCUACGAAGCCAUAUACUUCAACCACCUGUUGAUAUAAAAGAUUUUUGCGUUGUGAAGCGCGUUGUCGAGGAGUGGUGUUUUAGUGUUUUAGUAGGUACGACAUUUGUUUCAUGCACAUCGUUAGGACGUUAGCUUACGGGUUGUGAGUACUUCUUUACACAAAAGUAUUGGCUCCCCAUUGUUUCUCUAUAGAUAUCAUGCCCUUUGCCAAUUGUAUAAAUAGGUGUAGGAAUACACCGUACGGCUCUGAGAUGGUCCUAGCAUUACUCAUCUACGAAGAAAAAAUGUGGAUAGUUUUGGUAACUUGUUCCGCACACCAAAAUGUUCACCGCAAUAUUGGCAAACCGAACGAAUACCAAAAAAAAUGCAAAAACUUCAAAAAAUUUGGAGAGAAAAGUAUCCAAUGUCCAGUUUUUGGUGAAACGCUGUGUUGAAUUUUUGCCAAGAAAUCAAGAUCAGCAUGAAAGAUUCAAACUAAAAAUUGGGUUACAAAAUAAUUAAGACUAUUACUAGGAAUUUCCAGGAUUUUUUUGUCUUUUUAUUCGCUAUUGUUCUGUUCAUUUCCCAGGCAAUGUCUGAUCUUCAUGUGCUCUUUUUGAAAAACGGAAUCAAACACAUUUCUUCUGAGAGUUUUAGGGAGGAUGCACGUGUUCAGAUGGAAAAUAUGAAGGUAACAAUACGAACUGUAUUUACUGGGCUUACACAAAUGAAAAACUUGGUAUUAUAGGACAUUACUAAUGACCCUACUUAACAAAUAGCCGGCACAAGCAUAAUUUUUUCUUCCUUGGUAAGCCUGCCUCUCAACAUAAUCACCCGAAAUCCUGUCCUCUUGGUAUCAUAAAAGUAUCCUAUAACUGCCUAGAUGCGUAGAACACGUUACUCGUCUUUGUGCACUGAUCCAUUUAGUUGUAGUUAAAAGAAUAUUGGGCACACAACUGAGUGACAACGUAAGUUAAAUGAUUUCAGGUGUUACUGAUACCAUGAUAUUUUUACAGAAAAAAGGUACAAGAAUCAUUAUAGCAAACUUUUUUGGUAGAGGCGGCCGAAAAGUAUUUUGUGAGGUGAGCUAACAACAAUUAUUUCAAGAGCUAAUAAUCGCCUUUUAGGAGAUAAUUUUAUUACUUGAUCUUCAACAACAGACGUUGGGUUCAUUGUUGCCUAACUUUAAAUACAAUACAAAUCUUUACUGAUUGUUAUCUCCUUAUAGGGUAUUUCAGUGACAAUUUAUUUUGUAGUGACAACAGUUUUUAGCAUUUUAAAUUGUUUUGUCUCCACUCUAAAGGCUUACAAACUCGGCAUGUUUGGUGCUAAGUAUGUUUGGAUAUUGCUUGGUUAUAUGGAAAGAGACUGGUGGCUAGUCAAAGACCCGACUAUAUCAUGUUCAUCUGCUGAAAUCCUUCAGGCCAUGGAUGGUCACUUAGCAACAGAUUAUCUUUGGACAACCGCACCGGACACAAAAACAGUUUAUGGGAAGGUAAGUCGGUCUAAAACUAGUGCACGUCCUGAUCAAAUGCUUUUGGUAACAGACCAAAAUGUCUGAACAUUAACAAAUGACUGAACAACAGAAUUGCAUCAAACUUUCGGAAUACUGUAAAUGCUUAAAAUUGUUUUCAGAUUAGUGAACUGGUUACUCAUCAGUAAGGACUGAAUUUGUCCACAGUCCAGCAUUUGUUCGAUCUGUCCGUUAACCAGCGUUGUUGUGGGUGAUAAGGAAACUGAAGAGGGUUACUUGCAUGAAGCCCGAGAGAAAUAUGUGAAUUCGAGAUUUAUGCCCUUCGCGCCGAAAGAGAGAUAACUGUGUCUCGCGGCCUACGCCCGUGUAACAGUUACUUUCGCAUUUGCUCUUCUACAUUUCAACUCUCCUUCCUCUAGUAUUUAUUAAGUAGUGUUCUGAGGACUAGAGUUAAACUGAACAUUUCAUAAUUCGCUUAAGACUUCUUACAACUUUAGGGAUAUUAUCUUUUAUCUAGACGGUGAAAGAUUUUCUAGUUGAGUACGAAACCCUAGUGCCACCAGAACUAAGGGAUCUUCAUCGAGGUUUCGCGUAUGACGCAGUUUGGGCUAUGGCCUUGGCUUUGAAUAGGACCAUCCCUCGUUUGGCCCCUGGUACGAGCUUAGAUAAGGUACCAUAUGGAGAUAAGGCCUUUACCAACACAAUUACGGAUGCCCUGAAAGAAACAAACUUUUAUGGAGUUACCGUAAGUAAAUAAAACUUUUUUCUGUCUUCUUUGAAAGGCUACAACCAAAGUAGUCUUGUCUCUUGGAAUGACUUUUUCUUUUCGCUGCAGGGCCCUGUUGGAUUCACAAGCCAAGGCAACAGGGUGGGAGACACUAGGAUUGUUCAAAUGAGAGGUAGAUAUCAUACAAAACUAGCCCAGCAGAAUCCCUGCACUCGGACUACAAUCCUUACAUUGACGUUGCUUAGUUUUUGUUACAGUAAGCUUUAUUACUUCGGCGGAGCGCUAAGUAAAGGAUUCGCGACGCUCAGGAAUGUCCCAAAGUAGCUUUUUAGGGGACAAGAUUGGGCAGGCAAAGUCUGUAAGUUUUUGGUUUUAUUCAACUGUUUGACGAAGUGAGAGCCGAAUUAGUUCGAGAUAUCUCAAGAUCACUUCUAUUUCUUUGAUUUAUUCUUUAACUUGUUCGAGGAAGAAAAAAUUAUUAUUUUGGUUUACCCGGGGUUUGAACCGACUCACCUGGGUGACCCCGUCAGAUCAGAGGAGACUCUAAGUUGAGGGAUUAGCCGAUUGUGGCACUCCUGCGACCCAAGGUAGUUUGGGAUAUGGAAAAAGGCUAUAUGAAAUUAUGCACUAGUUUCGGGAUAAGAUUGAGCGCGCAAGUUCGUGACUUUUCGGCUUGUUUCGGCUAUUUCACAAAAUGAGACCGGAAUUACUUCGAGAUAUUUUGAGAUCACUUCGAUUUUAGUCUUUUAUUUACUCGAGGAAUAAACAGAAGAUAUUUCGUGGCCGCACAGAGACAAGAAAUUUCGUAGAUAUGCGCGUGAUCAGACAAGAGAUGAGACUGUUGUGUUGUUUUUGAGGCCUGAUGUAGAAAAAAAUAGAGAAUUCUUUUUUCACUGAUUGUUUUUUUAGACUUGUUACUCACCGCCAGUAACCUCAUAUUUGACUUGGGUCUAAACUUUUAGACUCAAGUCAAAUUUGGAAGGAUUUUUAUGGUGGGAGUCAUCAGAGCAUAACUCGGCUAAUUUCUCAGAGGCAAUUUGCCCCGAAAUGCUAGUUUUUAGCAAGUAGGCCUUUUGGACGUUGCUCUUUUCAGAAUAUCCUGACAAAUCCCAUAAUUUCACAAAUUGACACCUUACUCUCACCAUAUAUCAUUUCUUACUAUUCCUCUGCAUUUACAAUUAAUCAGUUCCACAACACCACGCCGAAGUGUACGCUCCGUAGCGUCUUGUUUACAGCAUAGAUUGGUGAAAUAUAUCCCUAAGUUUUACUGACAAAUUUAUCGCCACACUGCAUGCGUUGUAAUAAAUAUUGAUAGUUCGAAGCAAAAAAGCAAGCUGCUGUCUUGUAAGCGAACCGCUUUAUCGAAUUUUAAUCUCAAAACGAAUGAAGGGUAGUUUGUUUAGAAUUGUGGUGUUUCGGUGGGGCAGUAAAAUACAAAGAUUGGUCAGGUUAACAGCUGAGUUGAUUGGCCACCAUAGGGAGAUAAAGAAGCUGACGUUUUUAGCGCAAGCCCCAAUUCGUUCUUUUUAAUCCUCUUCCGUUUUGCCCAUCCGGCCGUGCUCUGUUGCGUGCCUUUGGCUUUUCUGUAAUUUUCUUGUGUUCGUCCCGGAAGGAGGCAGUUAUUCUGAUGUUUCAGUUAAUUCAGUGAUUGUCCCUUAAAAAGCGCAGCCUAGUCACACACGCCAGCAUUUUCCCCUGACUCAUGCACUAUAUCAGGGAUUAUUCUUUACUGUCUGAGCGGACACGACACGCAAGAGAAGGUCUCGUUCUCGUAGUUAUCGACAAUGCUAAACUGAACUCUCUGUCUGACUACAAGUCGAAUACUUGUAACCAUACCUUGACCAUUUAUAGGUUCAACUCCUUCAAAUACUUGUGUUCAGUGGUCCAGCAACCACUGCAGCGAAAUAAUCAUGUUUCAGUAUUUGCCGCACAAGUCUGAGCAUGAUAAGUAAAUGAAUCAAAGAGUACUAGCCCAAAUAUUUACUUUCCUUUCUAUACAAGUUGAUAAGAAAAAAACAAGCAAACAGAAAGCAAUAAAACGGCUAAAGCUAUAUUUAAAAGUUAACCAAUCAGAGCGCACCUAAGUAUAGUAUCUAGUAUAUCAGCUCACCUAUUUUUCUCUAUUAAGCCUCCAUACGUAAACCACCCUGUGAAUGGAAAGUUCGGCGACACAUCCCUCUUUCGCUUGAUUCCAAUUCAUGGCCAGCCGCGAAACUCUUUCUUUUUUUUACUUACAGACGGAAAGCAAAUCACAGUAGGGCUUUAUGAAGUAAAUAAUGGUUUGAUUAACUGGUCAGGAUACGAUGCUAUAAAGUGGGAAGGUAAGGACUGCCUAUUUUUUCAGUAUGACUUACUAGCCUCAGCUGCUAAGCUGACCGGCCUGAUCAGUGCAAAAGAAUAACAACGUCAUCAGUGACAGAGCCAUUUUUGCAGCUUGAAGUUGAAAGGUGACUUAACACAGAUAAAUUAACUUCCACGACUCCGAGACUUUUUGCAAAUAGAAAAGACGUGGAGUGAGGGUUUCAGCUAGAAACAGCGCCGGACAAAUUAAAAUAAAUUUCAUAAGAGAGAAAGCAAUCGCCAAUCUUCCACUCGAGUGUGGUUUUCUUCAAAAGCUUAUGUCCAAACUCUUUUUUUCCUCGCAGACAUGCGCUUGAUCACUCAAUUAGAGACCAGCGUAAUUAUUCUUGCUCCCUAAAUUUCUCUCUUUUGCACAGAAUCAAGAAGGCCUUGGAAAUUGUUUGAAGUUAUUAUUACUUGGGGUAACUGAUAAAUGUUACAUUCCAAUAGGUGGAUCUCCUCCCCCGGACACGACUAAGCUGAUGUAUGAACUGAUGACGGUAUCCCUAUCACUCUUCAUAUUCAUGGCGGUUGUGACGUCAAUUGCGAUACUAGUAUCCAUUUUAUUCCUGUGGUUCAACAUAUCUAAAAGAAAUAUAAGGUAUUUAUAACUCGACUGACCAUCUAACUCAAUCCAUCUUCCAAACAAUCUUCACCUAGGGUAACGGAGACCAUCCCAGUUAGUACAGUACCUUUGUGGGUGGAAGGAGGUUCCGUAUGGAUGCAGUUCAAAACUAUGCCGCGAGGCAAUGUUUAACGAAACCUAAACUAACGAAAGUGACCCUUGUGCAAUGAAUGGCAUUCCUCGCCACAGUUAAUAAAGUGUAUGGCACAAAAUUUUCAUGUAACGUAGCUCCGUUAUUAAAGCGAAUAAGCUUCAACCUAUACAAAGAAAUCCAGAAAUUUAUACUUAUACUGAUUUUAAAACAAAAAGCGAAAAUUAUACAUCAAUUCGUGACAGCAAUAGUCUUGGAAAAGAAUUCUUACCCAUAAGUUAUCCAUUCUAUUCCAUUCUGUUUUACGUCUGCAUCAGGUUCACUAGCCCAUCUCCUUUGAGAGGCUAAACAGCCCAUGAAAUUUAAUGCUUUAUAAAGGCUGGUUCUCAUUCACGAAACUCCUUCGCUGCGCCCAUUUCGAUGUUUAUGUUUAUAGGUCAAUCUUUUCGCCUGAAAGGUAAUUUCGAGAUUCUACCCGAAAGGUAAAUUAAGCCGAUUUUUGUGUUUAGAAAAUUAUGUCUGCAAAAUCGGACUGACAAACUGACACGUGCAAAAAACUACCCUUACGAUUACAAUUCACAAUACCUGAUACUCAGUAACCUUUACUAUAAGUUAUUUUUUUUGUUUCUUCUGGCGAAAAAGACCCAGGAAGGUUCUUAACUGAAAUUUUUUUAGAUUCUGAUAUUUCUGAAAUUAAACUGGUUACUUUGAACCGAUCAUUUAAAACGCAGUAAGUCUAACGUAAUUGAACCGUUGUUCUUGGCCGACAAAAUAAAGAAACAAUGCACAAGGAACAGAUCAUGCAUUCAAACGCUGCAUGGCGAUUGAGUAACUAGGAUUCUUUCUUUAUUGAAAGGUUUAUCAAGAUGUCCAGUCCUAAUCUGAACAACUCAGUUCUACUGGGCUGUUUUCUCAGUUAUUUGUCUGUUUUUCUCUUUGGUUUGGAUGGGGCAUUUAUUUCCAGUGGUUAUGAGGUCAUAUGUGCGGUAAGUGGCAAUCACUCUCUGAUUUCUGGGAUAAUCUUGGUCAUUAGCACCCAACGUUGUUUUAAGGUGGUUCGAAAUUCCAAAAACAAUUAAAACACUUGAAUUCUGAAUGACUUUCUAGUUCGAGUACGUUCUUUCUUCUCCAACGAUUUCUCUGAAAUUUAUUUGGCAUAUUAUUAUAUCAACUUAAGCUCAGAACACAAGUUUCAGUAAGAAAUAUCAGCGAAAUUAUGCGCAAGACGCGAUUUUCUUUGUAAAGCCGAAUGACAUAUAACUCCACCUUUUCUCAAAGUUUUGUAGCCAUCGCCUUGAAAAAAUGACAGAAGGUUCGUCAUAGUUCAAUGCACCUUUUUUAAAUAAAGGAACCACCUUAAGGGUUUUUGUGAACUUGUAAAGCAGGGGGGGUCCAUCAUAUUAAUCUAGGUGGGAGGAGAGAGUAAAAAAGCCAGUCAGAGUUAAAUUAGCUUAGUCAUGUUAAAAACCUUUCUUUCCAAUUAUCUCAGUGAGACAAAAGGAAAGGCUUGGAAGGGUUAUAUUAAUGAAGAAUGAAUGAAUGAAGAAGAAUGAUUAAGGGGCCGGACCAAAUUUCGAUCCCCUGACGCCUUUUUCAGGCAUGUCGUGUUAAACUUCAAAAUUCUGGUUUGAAUUUCAGAGCAGAGCCUGGACACUCUCUCUGGGCUUCAGUUUGGCGUACGGUGCGAUGUUCUCCAAAACCUGGCGGGUUCAUCAAAUAUUUACCAACAAACGGUUAAAACGGAAGGUAGACCUAAAGAACCAUUUACAGUCAUUAAUGCAAAUUGUUCUUAAGAUCUGUUCUAAAUACAAUAGAGACGACAUUUUUAAGGUGGCUGGCAACAUAAGUGAUGUCAUAACGUUUUGUACUUGCCUUUGUAUUUCUAUGAGAGCGUUUUGGAAAUAUUUUGAUAACCAAGCUAUCGAAAUUAUUUGCUAAUACCGAAAGAAAAUGAGUAGGUCUGGAGAAUAAAUUUAAUCUCAUAAUGGUUUGAUUCCAUCUGAAAUUGUGUAAGAAAAUAGAAGGUUGCUUAUGCCCAUUUCGUUAAGGAAGAAUUUGAUUGGCCUACACUCAUUCAGCUGCUUUUGUUACCGUUUAUGUAUGCAAUUUGGUCCACGCCUAUAAAUCUCACGGUUAUUUAGAAAACCGCUUGAUGAUUUUUUAAAAAAAUUGGCAAUCCUGGGAUUUAUCAUCAAUUUAUAUUGUCUCCAAGUUUCAACAACAUUGAAAGCAAGGAAGGCAAUCAAAUUUUUAAACAUCACUACGGACGAAAUACAGUUCAUUUCGCUCCUGUUAACAAAGCACGCCCUUGUUCUCAUGACUUAUAUUUGACCCACACUCUUCUAGAAUAGGCUACGUGUACUUUCUUACCUCUAAUUUUAUAGUGUGGAUAACAAUUUUACAUUUGACAUCUUGCGAUUUCUUUAGGUUAUCAAAGACCGUCAUUUGUUCGGUGUGGUCUUGCUUCUAGUAAUAAUUGACAUCAUAUAUUUGACCGUAUGGCAAGUCACGGAUCCCAUGAAGAGGAUUAUUCGCGAGUUUUCAGAUGGGGUAGGCCUUAUAGUUCAUUCAGUAUCCUUAUCACUUUUGACUAUGGUAAUAAAAAGUGCGUGAUCUUUAAUAUCUUAACAUUAUAGCAAGCCCCUUAAUGAAAAACCUCUAGCUGCCGAAAAAUCUGCAUUACAGAUGACUUCCUUCUCCUAAGUUAUUGUCAAUCUGACGGAGCAGGACUUCGAUAGACCAUACCUUCCGUUACAACGAAAAUGCAAUAUUUCCAGUCCUGCGGCACUUUUUUAUAUCGGGGUUCCACUGAACAAAGGAUUGCGCAUGGUUUGCAGCUCGGCAAAUUUAUAACCAACCGUAAGCAGCAUACUCAAUCCUAAGAGGCCUGGCAGUCACUUCUUUAUGCAGUAAAUGACGUGAUUUUCGCAUGAUUUGUGUCUUCAGUCCCAAGAGUCCGUGUUGGACGUUGCAUUUGUCAAGCAACUGGAACUAUGCGAGUCCAGACAAACAUACCGCUGGCUAGGAAUACUGUGUGGUUACAAAGGACUACUUUUACUAUUUGGAGCGUUCCUUGCUUGGGAAACCAGAAGCGUGACAAUACCCGCUUUAAAUGAUUCCAAGUAUGUGUUACCAUAAUAGGUGUUACCAUAGUAUCUGUUACAAUAGAUAUCUUUGCUUUGAGAAGCGAUUCAUUCAUAUGUACGAGUUAAUAGGGCGUAAUUCCAUCAUGAUAGGGAACUCAGAGAGAUAUCCCAAAAUUGUAGAGCCCUGAGUUGCACAAGUCGAUCCGCGUGUCACUUCUUUUUCCAGUGUUUCCGAAAUAUUUGUGUGAAGCGUUCGUGAUCAAACGCACAGACCUAGGCUCUCCCUAGACGUAAUGCAAAUACUGCAGACUGUUCAUAAGCUUUUUGGAUUUUACAGUUCUAAUAUGUUGAAUUAAUUGCAGAUACAUUGGGAUGUCUGUGUACAAUGUGUUUGUCCUGUGCACUAUUGGUGCCCCGUUAUCACUUGCUGUAAGGGAGAAGCCGGACGCCUCAUUCUCCAUUGUAUCAACGUGCAUUAUUGUUUGCACCUCUAUAACACUCUGCCUAGUGUUUAUUCCCAAGGUAUCAGUUAUGUUUUGUUAAUAUACACUUGAACACAGUUCGCGAGCAAUAUGGAAAGAUAUUGAAGUCGAGUUUUAAAAAUCGUUGCUAUUGUGGGGCGAGACUAUUCCGAUAAGUUUUUUUCAUUACACCAAAGAAAUAAUCCAACAACCAACUGAGGUCUUUUCCAAAAUCAGUACAACCGAUAUUCAGCUUAAUUUAACAACAGAGCAAAUUUUGUUACCUUCUUGUUCGUAUUUAUCAAUUCUCUUUUUUUAUUGGCUUUUAUCUCUUCUUGGGACUUCGGUUCUGAAAAACGAAUCGUAUUUGCUGACAGCGACUUCAUCAUUCAAUCGAACAUCGCUAAGAAGACUGCCAGUACCUUAAAAUCAUACCGUAAAAUUCCGAAACUAAGCCCGGGGGCUUGUAUUUUUCAAAGGCCCAUGUUGAGGGGCUUAUCUACGGAGGGAAAUUUGCCUUUCAAAAUCGAUUGGGCUAGCGUUGGAAGUAAAUUUACCGUUUUUUGCUUUGUUUUACUUUGUAUUUGAGGGCAAGUUUCCAAGUACAAGCCACAGGGGGGGCUUAUAUUUGGAGGGGCGAUUUAACGGAGGGUUUUUUGCGUUACCGGUUUGGGGGACUUAUACAUGGAGGGCUUAUUUUCGGAAUUAACGGUAUCACAAAAAGCAUCAACACAGUCAAGCCAUGACACACAUGGUGAUCACGAGCAAUAAGGCUAAUAUUUUACUUUGGAAUGGGACGUUGUCCUGCACAGUAAAUUAAUGGCAGAACACGUAAACACAAUUCAGCAAUUUGACUGCUGGAUAAUUUAUCACUGUGGUACAGUUGAACUCCAUUAAGUGGCCACCGUACGGGUAUCGCCAAGUGGCCACUAAUGGAGGUUUGAAACAAACGUGCGACAGGAGAAGCAUCACUGGUCCAUAAUCGGCGUCACCUUCAGAAAUGAGGCUAAACUAAGGGUAUCAGGCGCUUGAUGACCUCUUAGUAGAGGUGACAACAGUGGUUAAACUUCUCAUUCAGGCUUUUCUACAAUUAUCUCGGUACUUUGAUUUCUGGUCUCUUAAUGGGGAUUAAGCUGCAUAACAUAACCGGCUCGCCAUUCUUGAAUGCUGAGUGGUAUGGUUGGAGGUAGAAUAGGUAGAAUAGAAAACUUUAUUAACGUGUCAGAGCCGUAUAACUUGGGAACAACCCCAUUCUAAUUUGGGGACAUAAUUGAUAAUUAAAUAAUUGGAAUUACCUAUAAUAUGUAAAAGUAAAAAGUUAUUUAAACUACGCUUAAUAUAUUAUACGAAGGGUACAUGAGAGAAUUUUCGGGAGGAUUUUAGAAAUGUACCUUCUUUCAUUAAUACGUAGUUAAUCUUUUUUUAAUGAUUGGUUCUCUUUCUUUAACGUCCUAAGGUACUGCAGAUGAAGCGGUUUGUACUAGUUGGUGAACAACUUUGUCGAACGUUUAACUCUACUGCAGUUGAAGUUAAUAGCAGCAUGAAAACAGUCCGUGACCUUGACAAAGAACGGGAACUUACUGAUUUCAAGCGAAAACUUGUUGAGGUAAGCACUAUCUUUUUAUCAAGUACGUUGUGGGUUCCAUGGGUUAUUACUGAAAAGCUUUCAGUGGACGGAGAGAAAUUCAAGUGAACACCAAUUUCAAAAGGCAUACUGCAACCAUGUUCGAGGUACCAAAACGCUGUUUCUUUCCUUUCUUUGCCGUAUAUUUCGCUUAUCUUCCCACCAAAUUCGCCCCCUUCAAAUAUUUGGGACUUUUUAAGGCAAAGACUACGGAAGCGUCUAGUGCAAUAACCGGAAGUAAUUAUUCCUCAAGCAGGGAGUUUAAGAUACCACGACAGCGACGCUUUUUCCCUCUUGUAAAUGGUCUUUGCCAUUUUUAACGUUCGAUGCCACCAUUGGUAGCCAAGCCUUUAGUUAUUGGUCAGCGUCACUCUUUUAACUGUAUAGCGAAAUUUUUCUCGAUCUGUUCACAUUCUUGGAAUUCCCCUGUUGCACCGACUAAUAUGCAUGGUAGGUCGCCUCGAAGGCCCUGGUGUUGAGUUUAAGGUCCUACUAGUGAUGUCACGGUAAUCACGUGAAUGCAUUCGCAAGUGAUGCAACAAUCAUUUUUAUUACAUUCGAUUCUCAAGCACACGUAAUUUAGGUACACAAGUAAUGUACUAAAUGGGAGACUUUUCGAUUCAGGGGCACCCAACGAGAAUAUAGUUCAAAACCACUUAAACAUAGCAUUGUUAAACGUAUUUUGGUAGUUAAACGGUAGAUAUAGGUAGAUUUUUAUCCCCUAAUAAUUUUUCAUCUGUUCGGAUUUCCUAGCUGGAAGUCUAGUGGUACGAAAAUUAUAGGGAUCAAAACUUACCUUUUCGAAAAUUUCAGCCAGAAGAAAGGCUCCCAAAAAUUCUGGGCGACCUUUUAAGGGUAAAUUUUUUAGAUGCCAUUUUUAGAUGUUCGAAAAUCCUAGGAGAGGCAGGCAAGCAAGAAAUUUUACGACAAAUGUUCCGAAAAUUUUAGAUCUCAAAUCGUCUUCCGAACAGAUAUUUUCCGAAAAUUGACGUUGGGUACCCCUGUCGAUUCGCCUUGCCGGAAUGGAAUCUAUUUACCCAGAAACUGAAAGUAGAGCCUAAUCUCAGCUGAGUACCGGACAAGUUUUCGGUACGAUACGAGUGCCAACAAAGUCUAGAAAUCGAUGUAAAUAAGUUUUAAGUUUAUUCAAGUUUCACCACGUUGCACAAAGUGCAUGGUGUAUAUAUUUUUAGACGUUUCCAAGCAUGCUACGUCGCUUGUCAUCCGAAAGCUUCAAUAAGCUUUAAACUCCAGUGUUAAUUUUUCUAUUUCGUAUCAACGGCCUUUCGUCAUUGAACACGGUUGAAUAUUCCAUUGAGUAAUAAGACCUCGUGCAUGGCUGUAUACUUGUGUCACGCGCUACUGUUUUGAUGCAUCUUUGCCGGGGAAUACAAACGUCAAUCCUCGCUCCUCACCAUUCGCAGUCUUCGCAGGCUAAUUGUAUGUAAGAUACUGCGAAUAAAAUCGUUGAAUUAAAUAUUAAUCUUGUUUACUAUGUUGUCCAAUCCAGUUAUCAUACUUUUGUUGACAGGAUAACUAACGGGCAUUCACAUUCAUAUGAAAGCGGUUUUGCGCGCGCAUAGCCGACUGCUACUGUUAUUAUAUUCUCUGGAUUAAUGCAUCAGUCAAUUCCACCUGCGCCCAGCUCCCUCCCCCCCUCCCGGGGUGACCCCCGGGCACUGGCAUUUUUUUUUGCCUUGGAUGGCAAAUUCCCGGGGGUGGGGACUCUUGAGCUGUCAAAUCCCCAAGGGUGAGGACGAAAAAAGACGGCAAGAGUACAUAGUAUUAUCAUAGUACAUAGUUUUACCUACAAAAUAUCACUUGUGCUAUUUAUGCCAAAUAUCACCACAAAUCAUGCUAUUAGCUAUACAUAUUUAUGUUAUAAAUCUCACAUCAAAAUAAAGACUGUAAUUAAAAAAUAAGUUUCGGUCUAUAUUCCAUAUUUGAAUGUAUGUAAUUAAGCAGCUGUAAGUCUGUAGAUAUGAGGAUAUAACAUUGUUAAAUACGAAGAGGGUUUUUUUCAUUGUUGACAAAAUCAUUGAAAAGAGGGUAUCUAUUACUAAUGUUUCUGUAAAAGUUGUAUCGAAGACUAUCGUGAAGAUUACAAUUAAAUGGAAAGUGUAAUUCGAGUUCAACUUCAUUUAAGUGGCUGAAACGGGCAAAUUCGAAGAUUUCCUGGAGUUUUCGGUACGGUAUGUCUGCCCGUUUCAAGUUGCAAGCGAUUGUUGCUAAGUCUGUCUUUAAUCAGGUUGCGUUCGAUUGGGAAAUCCAGAUUUAGGAUUUUGCAAUCGAACGCGAAAUUCGAAAACAAAUUUCACCGGCGAGAAAUCCGUCCUCAGGGUAGAUUUCAAUUAAGAAAUCCAAACCGGAUUUCAUGGAUUUCCUUUUUGACCGUUCGAUUGGGAAAUCCGAAAAAGGAUUUGCAAAACUGUUCUCGUGAACAGCAGUCUUAUUUUUGCUAAUUAUGCGUGCGCGUACAAGACCGCUGUUCGGAUUUCUUAAUGGAACGGUAAAAAUCCAAAAAACAGAUAUAUCAGCGUUGAAAUCCGUUUUCGAAUUUCGCGUUCGAUUGCAAAUCCGAAAUCCGGAUUUUAAAAUUGAAAUCCAGAUUUCCCGAUCGAACGCACCCUCAGCGUUUUUUUUCUUUUUUUGUGAUUUAUUAUUGAUGAUUGGUGAUUAAGUUACAAUAAGGGAAAUAACACGUUUUUGAAUAGUCUUCAAAAGAAAGAAGUUGAAGCAAAAGUCGAAUUUACGAUAAAAUUUAUGGAGAGGGCUGGAGAGAGAGAGAGAGAGAAUAAAAUUUAUGGAGAAGGCUGGGGUCACCUGUUAUUGAUGUAUCAGUUAAGAAAAACAGGCUGUUAGUUUAUGGAACUUUGCGGGUCGGUGCCGGGUAGUGUAGUGUUAAGGGAGAGAAAUAAGGAUACGAAAGGUCCGGGUUCGAACCUGAGAGAAAAGUUACGGCUAACAAAGAACUCAAGAUACACGCAAAAUACACGGGACAAAAUGAAGUUACACCUGCAUAAUUUUAAAGCGCAAGUUACAAGUGAUAAAAAACUUAAGUAACAAGUUUAUUGCAGUAUGAACUAAGUUUAAGAAAAAUGUUUUUCACUAGAUCAAUAAUUGAAGAUCUCGAAGGGCACGAGUUUUCAGAUUUCAGGAUAUUGAACUUCCAGUUCGUCACAGUACGGUCCACCACGAUUUCCUACGUAUUCGGGAAGCGUAGUGCGGGCAGAGCCGAGUUGGCCUAAUUAGCAAUACUUUGCACUUGCAUCUCAAUAUUUGUACUUUUUUGGCGGUCACUGCACCACUACGUUUUGUUGAGGGCGUAAAAAAGCAACGACUAAAAUUUUUUUCUUUCUAGUUCGCCUAUAGAGUGUUUUCACAUGACGUCACGGCGGCCAUAUUGGUGUCCCAAAACAAUGAAACGGAGGCCGUGUUGGUGUCCCAAACCAGUCCUGUGGGAGUUGAACUCUUUUCUUAUGCAAACGCUUUCUUUUGUUCCAAUAAAUUUGCAUAGACGUUGACCACGUGAGUGAAAACACUCUAUACAUUCGGUAAGGAAAGUGAGUUGGAAUAAUCGCGAAGAAGAUUGCAAGACCGCCCUUUCGUGAGGCACUGACAGGUGGCGGGAAAAAAAUUACUUCCGGUCACCAUACUAGAUACUUCCAGGGUCGUUGCUGAAUAUUACGUUAAGAACCUAUGAACCGGCGAUUUGAGAUAUAGAUAGAAUGAUAGUUAACCAUAUAGGUAAGGGGACCAAGGAGUUAACCAACAGCUGUUUCCAACCGACAUUUUUGCAGUAUUUUUGUAAGUAACUACGAGUUAUUUUCAAGUUUGUGCCUUUCUUCUUCUACUUACCGUUUUACUUUAACGCAAAUUCAUUACUUUUUCUUUAUGUAGAAGGACAAAGAAAUCAGAGAAUUGAGAAUCCGUUUGUCCAAGGCAGAGCGUGAGAAACAGUUUCCAAGCAUCGAGCUUACUGAAGAUCAAGAACUGAUCAAAAGGGAAAGAAACGGCGAGGAGACUACUGCGCAUGCUUAAUACCUUGUCCUGUCAGGUCGCGUUACUUUGUACAAGUCGCUAGCUUGGGAAUAGGACGAGGCUGAGAGGAGUUAUAGUUAAACUAAACUUGAUUCCAGUUUAAUUCUUGGCGCAAAUCACCCUUGUUUUAAUACUGCACAAUAUAAACGUAGCCGCCGGAACGGUCAUGAGAGUGGUGAAUUAUUUUAAUUACUUUCAUGCUACCGCAAACUGCAUGAAGCAGCAGAUUGUAACACAAUCGAGUACCGCUUCCAUAUGAGGUCACUUUCAUUCAUAUCCUAAAGAAAACCAGGGCGAUUUGCGCUGUUAAUUUGAAUCAAGAUCAAACAUAUCAUAAGUUCCCGAGAUUUUUCCGGUUUCAGCCUUUUGCCUAAGGUGUGUAGAUGUUGUGG